CUUGGACGAGCGUCCAGCGACAGGAGGCACGGAGCCGAGACCGCGUCGCCCUACUGCCCCGCGCCCCCACCUCGCCCCAGGCGCCCGCCGGCCGCCGUCCCGCCCGCCUCGCGCCCUCGCCGCCGGCUCGCCUCCACCCUCCAGCCAACCUCCGUCGGCCUCCGCCGCAACAGCCAGUCCCGGCCGCCCUUCCCCAAUUCCCCUCCCCUGAACCCUAGGCAGAGCAGCCGAGCAGGGAGGCCGCCGGCGCCAUCGACCGGCGUUCGUUACGGCCCGGCUACGUUGCUCCGGCGGCGUGGAGAAGGCCAGCAGCAGGCCAGCAGCUGAGCAGCCCCCAGUUCAUCCUCCAACCGUUUAGAUCCGCCAGUGGCCUGCACAAUUUUCACCAUCUAGAUUCGCCUCUGGUACCAGGAGGUAGUCGGGAGAAGACAAGAUGGUGUUCGGACAGUUAGUGAUCGGGCCACCAGGCUGCGGCAAGACCACCUACUGCAACGGCAUGUCCCAGUUCCUCUCCCUCAUCGGAAGGAAGGUUUCAGUUAUCAAUCUCGACCCUGCAAACGAUGCAUUGCCAUAUGAAUGUGCCAUCAACAUUGAGGACCUCAUAAAACUUAGCGAUGUCAUGUCUGAGCAUUCGCUUGGUCCUAACGGAGGGCUUGUGUAUUGCAUGGACUACUUGGAGAAGAAUAUUGACUGGCUGGAAGAAAAGUUGAAACCUCUUAUUGAAGAUCACUAUCUGCUAUUUGAUUUCCCGGGGCAAGUGGAACUUUUCUCCCUUCACACGAAUGCAAGGAACAUCAUCAAUAAACUCAUCAAAAAGCUAAAUUUGCGGCUUACUGUUGUGCACCUUGUUGAUGCCCAUUUAUGUUGUGAUCCUGGGAAGUAUGUGAGUGCUUUGCUGCUUUCACUAUCAACGAUGUUACACUUGGAGCUAUCGCACAUCAAUGUUUUGUCAAAGAUUGACCUCAUUGAGAACUAUGGAAAUUUAGCGUUCAACCUUGACUUCUACACUGAUGUGCAAGACCUGUCCUAUUUGCAACACCAUCUUGAUCAAGAUCCUCGUUCUGCUAAGUACAGGAAACUUACGAAAGAGCUAUGUGAUGUGAUUGAUGAUUUUAGCUUAGUCAAUUUUACAACUUUGGACAUCCAGGACAAGGAAAGUGUGGGUAAUCUUGUGAAGUUGAUUGACAAGAGCAAUGGCUAUAUAUUUUCAACUAUAGACAGCAGUGCCGUUGAGUUUAGCAAAAUUGCAGCUGCACCUCUUGACUGGGAUUACUACAGAACAGCAGCAGUGCAGGAGAAGUACAUGAAAGACGACGAGGUUGUGGAGAAAACAAGCAGGAUGCAAUGAGGUCGAUGCUCGCUGAUGCCAGCUGCUAAUUAAACAUGUCACUGUGGCGUAUACAGAUGGCUCGUGUUUACUAUGACAAUGUGGAUUGCUUACACCCAGUUGUAGGUGUUAUUUGGAGUUUUUUGCUAGUCUCUGUAUGUGUAGAGUUCUGCCAUCAUCUGUGAGGUGAAGAUGGUAUGCCGUGAAACUAUAUGUGAAGGAGUACUUGUUUCUCCUGACUUGCUGAUCUCUUCUCUCAGUCUCUAGUAUGUAGGGCUAGUAAAAACUUCCAGUUCAGCAGUA